AUGACAACAACAAUAAAUGAAGAAGACAAGUCGACGUCUAAUCUUAAGACGAUAACUAAGAAAACAGAAGAAGUAACUACUUUACUAGAUGAACCUAUUUUUCAUCCUCAUACGUUAACGGCUUUAGUUGUCUUGCUGGCCUUAAUGUUUUAUGCAGCAACAAGAUCCAAUUAUGAAAAUACAGCAGAUAAUAUUAAGUUAGGAAUCGUUGCUGCUAUUGCUUGUUUUGUCUUUAUUGGCAUGCUUCAAUUCCCUAACGGCCCUUUUGUUCGUCCUAGUAAACCUAUUUGGAGAGCUGUACUUAGUUUAAGUGUACUUUAUCAACUAUUCUUGGUCUUUUUAUUAUUUUUGAAUAAAGAUGAUGCUCGGUAUUUUAUGACAUUUUUUGAUUCAAAGUUAGGCAUUGAAUUACCAGAAAGAUCAUAUGCUGAUGCUUGUGAAGUAACAUGGGAUAAUAUUAAGAGGUCAUUUGUUAAGAAUGGUAUGGAUAUAUUCGUAGUUGCACAUACAUUAGGUUGGUUUGGCAAAGCUUUGAUUCUUAGAGAUUAUUAUUUUUGCUGGAUUAUUUCAAUUGCUUUCGAAUUAUGCGAAUAUUCUUUAGAGCAUCAAUUAAAUAAUUUUGCUGAAUGUUGGUGGGAUCAUUGGAUUCUUGAUGUAUUAAUUUGCAAUUGGCUUGGUAUUUAUAUUGGUAUGAAAUUCUGUCAAUAUUUCUCGGUCAAGCAAUAUUCUUGGGUUGGUUUUAGACAAAUAAAGACACUUCGAGGUAAAGCAAAGCGAGCUGUGCAACAAUUUAUUCCAAGAGAAUGGACAAGAUAUGAAUGGAAGACGACAAGUUCACCAAAAAUUAUUUUGUUCUUACAAUGUGAGUUGAAUUGUUUCUAUCUUAAAUAUCUUUUAUGGGUUCCUCCUGAACAUCCUUUAAACACGUAUCGUUUAAUUCUCUUGUUUUUGUUUGCUUUACCUGGUGCAAGAGAAGCUUAUCAAUAUAUUUCAGAUAGCAAUACGCAACGAAUGGGAGCACAUGCUUGGUUAUUAAUCUUUAACAUUAUGACAGAAACAUUAAUUUGUUUAAAAUUCUCGGAAAAUGAAUUUCAUCAACCUGCUCCUAUAGUCGUUAAAAUGGGCUGGUCAAUCGCGUUUGCUAUCUUGUUUAUUAUCUUCCCUUUGUGGAGAUUUGUCAUUCAUCCAGUGAAGAAGAUUGAAGGCGAACAAAUUAUUAGUAAAAAGGACGUGUAA